AUGGCCGCCACAAAAGUAGCCCUCAUCACAGCCAGCUCAGCAGGUCUGGGUGCGCAGAUUGCGCGCGUGUUCGCGCCAGACUUCCGAGUCGUGAUCAACUACUCGUCCAACUCGGAACGCGCGCAAGACCUGAUUAAAGAGCUCAAUGCCAUCCCCAGCGCCACGACAAGCUCCAGCGAGCCACGCUUCCACCUCGUGCAAGCCGACAUGUGCUCGAGGUCGUCGGUAGAGAGCCUCGUCAAGGAGACGCUGGACAAGUUUGGACGUCUUGAUGUUGUUGUGUCGAACGCAGGGUGGACGCGCAUGACGACGUUCACAGACAUCGAGCAGCAAGUCAACGACGAGGACUGGGACAAGUGCUUUGUCAUGAACGUCAAGACGCACUUGUGGCUUGCGUAUGCGGCGAAGAAUGCUCUGGCUGAGACAGAAGGGACGUUCAUCUCCACAGCUUCGGUUGCAGGUGUGAAGCCGAGUGGGUCGAGUGUGCCGUAUGCGGUGACCAAAGCGGCACAGAUUCAUCUGAUGAAGAGCUUGGCUGUGAUUCUGGCACCAAAGAUCAGGUGCAACUCGAUAUCGCCUGGUAUGCUGCUCACUGAGUGGGGUCUGAAGUUCCCAGAGGCGAAGAGGAAUGCGGCCAUCAACAAUACGAAGUUGAAGAGGCUAGCAACAGUCGAGGAUUGCGCGGACCAGGUUAGGGUGUUGGCGCUAAGCAGAAGUAUCACUGGGCAAAACAUCAGUAUCGACGGUGGGUCGUCGGUCUAG